UUGUAAACUGUGGCGAUAUAUAUACGGCGAUACCUUUAUAAGGAAAAAUCUUAACCUCAACACGACUUCGAAUUUCGAUUUGUUUCGAUUCUUUUAACGCUGCUGGAUGUGUUUCGUUAUGCUAUAAGCACUUUUUAUCUAUUUCUUGUCGAAAUAUUAAAAUAGAAGUUGUUUGAGAUUGUUCAGACUGACUAUAACCAGAUCACGUGUACCAUGAUUAUGGCAACCUGGAGAUUACUGUCUCCUAUUAAUAGGAAACAGUUUAAUCUGUUAAAUUUCUUUUGCACUAGGGAAUUUGCUUCUGCACAAAACUUUACUACAUCCAAAUCAAAACAGAAUAUAGAAAAAGAUAGUAUACCACCAAAGCCAAAGAAGCCACCAAGUGUAUUUCUGUUAUAUUACAACUCUAUAAGGAAUAAAUUGCAAAAAGAAUAUCCUCAUUGCAAACCAAAAGAACUUUCAAAGAUAGUAUCAGAGAAAUGGGCACAAAUCGAUCCAACAGAAAAGCAAAAUUUACAGAAGCAAUUUCGUGAACAAACUUCUAUAUAUAAACAAAAAUUAAUGGAUUAUGAGAAUUCUUUAACUAAUGAACAAAAGAUAGAAAUAAUACAAAAGUUAUUGAAAAAAGGUCAUACUUUGAAGCAGGGUGAAAUCAAACAAAAACUGAUAGAACUUGGGAAGCCAAAACGGCCAUUACCUGCCUUCAUGUUAUUCAUGCAAAGUAAAAAGAGUACCAAAAACCCACAAGAAUCAUAUAAAGAUUGGCUAAAUAAUGUAAUUAAUGAAUGGAAAAAUAUGACAGUGGAAGCUAAAAAUAAAUACAAUGCAGAAGCAAGUGAUUUAUUUAAAAAUUAUAAGAUUGAAGUGGAAAAAUGGAAGGAAGAAAUGAUUCAAGCAGAUCAACAACAUGAAUCUACAAAGGGCAUGGUACUUUGCGGUAACAAAAAUAUUUUGAAAACUACAGUGGAAUGCUCAAGGAAGAUAGCAGUGAAUACAUCGAUAAAUGAUGUUAAAAAGUCAAUUGUACAACCUCAAGACACACAUACAUAUAUACAGAUAUAUACAUAUUUUGUCUCAACAUGGAAAAGAGUUUUAAUAGUCCUAAAAGAGAUUAGUGAAAACUGGAAGACGAAAUUAUACUAAUCCAAAUGAGGUGACUAUUAUGAUGACAACAGCAGACGUGCGAUAAUUUAUGCUAUCUCAACAUUACAC